UUAGUCAUUAAAUUGUUCUUAAGAUGGACAUUUGUGACUCGGGUUGAAAAUCUGAGUCACAGAUUGAAUGAUUUGGGUAGCUCCGUCUGCAUUGCAAAUGUGUCUUUUCAAUUUAUUCUAAGUUGUAUAACAUGAAAUAGGGCUGGGAAACAAUGACCACUGCUAAUUCAGAGCUGUAUUUGGUUAAACAAAAUCUGACUGGUAAUUCCCUUUCACCCGUCCAGGAUUUACUGUAAUCAUAACGCCAGUUAAACCAUGAAGGGUAAUAGGCCCGUGUGUGUGAUGUGUAAAUACAUCACUAUUGGUUGGUAACAGUAAGAAUUAAAAAAAAAAAAAAAAAAAAAAAAAAAAAAAAAAUUAACUUCGCCAUAACGUAUUCACAGUGAAGUUCUCAUGACCAGAACUGCCUCAAAGCUAUUAGUUUAGCAGUUUCAGGAAGGAUCCUUUUUGCUCAAGGAUGUUUGCGCAGUUCAGUUUGUUUCGACAUAAGAGCUAGUCUCAAUUACACAGGAAGUCUUUGGUCACAGUUGCUGAAAUCGGAAACGGUUUCAACAGAAGAGUUAAACCUGGCAUGCUAUACUAACUAGGACUUGACAUCAUACAGUGUUUUUUUGGAGACAUUUUUAAAGGAUUUCCUGAACAUCUCAUCUGAAGGUAGAAGUCACAAGUGGAUUCUGGAGCGAGAUUUAAGGAUUAACAACCUACCGUCUUGUGUGGUGAUAUAGGAAGAACCAUGUCUGACAAGAAAUCAAGAAAAGUGAAAAUGGGGUCGUCACGAAGACGCCCUCGGAAUCAAGAUGAAAAUGAGACUAAGAACGAUGAGUCGGAAAUGUCGUCAGCGCAAAGGAAAGGAGUUGGGGCUGUUUCGUUAACCAUACAAACAGACCUUUACUCAUCGAAGGGCUUAUAUUCAACAACGCCACAAUUCAUGGAAGAUGUUAAUCCAUCACUAAAUGACCUCGCAGAGUCACAGCUGUCUCAACCUGGAAACCCAUAUCUUCUACAAUCACCUGACACUGCAGGGAAGAGGAAGAAAAUGGGGUCUACUCGUAGGAAUAAAGGCAACCGAGAAGAGACAGACUUUGGGGAGAAGCACCAUGACGAAACUGGAGACACCGGAACGUCCUUAGAACUUCAGGCAUCCGUUGUGGAAUUUGAGUCCCACAGUAACACUGAAGGGCUCCUGGGACCAAACAAAAUUGAAAUGGACACUGAGAGCAGAAAUCAACGUGAGUUUCUUUUGUUUGCUUCUAACACACCCCUCGAAUCAGAUGACAAAUGUAAAAAGGAAGUUGGUGAGGAUACUGAACCUAGUAGUGAAGCUGUGGCUAGUUAUAGGAGUGAAUUGCUUCAAGAUACUCCUGGAACUGACUCACUCCCCCAUCUGUCUCUUGACCUUGCGUUGCAAGCUGUUCAGGGAUUUGCUGCUGAACCCAUAGCAGAGGACUGGAAGAAACCGGAAGAGGGGAGGCAGGAAAGUGAGCAUGCUGAGGCGGAGUCAUCCACAUUAAACAUCUCUAGGCAUUCAUCAGAUCAAUACCUUGAGUCAGACGCUUCAACCAUUACAGAAGAUUUUGAGUCAUUCAGUAACACAAUAGUCCUCCAAAGUGGAAAAGGAGAAGAGAAACUUCAACCUGAUCUAAAUGAGUCCAAAGUCCAAGAUAUUAACUCUAUUGGACCAGGCAAUCAGGAAGCAUUGCACCAAAGAGAUGAAGCAGAGGACUUUGUUGAUCUGAUAGUUGAAGAAAAUAUAGUACUGGCAUAUAGACCUCAUUUUAGACAACUAGACAAUGUAGAAAGCUAUCAACCUGAGCGAAGUGAGGAUAUUACCUCCUUUUUAAAAUCAACCCCCUCGGAUAGCUCUUUCGGUCACGACGAACGUGCUCACACAGGAUCCAGCUUUCCAGGGAGAAGAAGAAAGAUGGGUUCCACUCGCAGGGUGGAAGAAAAUGGAGAGAGUAAAAUACGUAAAUAUCGGUAUCUUUAUGGUGAGGGUGAAGAGGCCAUCGUGGGAAAAGAACAAGUGUGUGGCAUCGAAGAGACUGAGUGUGAAAUGUCUAUGGAGCCUAAAGGCAGCGCCAGUGGAGACGAGAAGGAAGGCGAGCAGAUGGGAAAGGGGAAUUUCCAAACAGAGGAAGACACAGAAAACAUAGAAGUGAUAGGAGAGCAGUUAGAGCGGGACAUGGGAACAGUGGAAGGAUUCUGUGUUAAAACAUUGGCAAAGCCUCUGAUGUUAUUGGAACCGGAGCAUAGAGCAGAUGAUGAGAAAGGAGAGGAUGUUCUGAUUGAACCAACCCCUUUUGACCAUGUCAUCUAUUCAUUUGGUAUUGAUGAUCAAUUGUAUAACAAAGACAACAGAGCCACUGUAUUUAUAGAAACUGGCCAUAUAGAAACUGAGAGCAACAGUGAAGCAAGCAUGGCUCACAUAGUUGACCCAUUGUUCCAGUCCAACACUGAAGGCCUCCAAUCAGGAGACCCUUUUCUCAGCGAGGAGGAAGUUGGCGACUAUACGUUGCUUGGGAAUGAUUCUGAAGUGAGUGACUGCAGCCAAAUAAUAUGUAAUCAUGCUCUUACAAUAGAGUCCGAUGACACCUUGAGCACUGAUCCCAAUAUCUCUCCUAGUCAACUCAUCCAUACUCCAUGUAUGGAAAUCACUAACCCCUUUCUCAUUCUCAACCCACUAUUACUGCAGAGUAUUCAAGGGAAUGAGGAGGAUGCAAACACUGACUCCAAUACCACAAGCGGACUGGACACAUCAGUCAUUUUACUCAGCGAGGGGGAAGUUGGUGAUCACGUGCUGCUUGUAAAUGAAGUGGGGGUUGGCAGCAAAAUUACGUAUGAUGGCGCAACUCUCACAACAGAGCCCCGCCAAACAGAUGAGACUUUGAGCACUGAUCCUAAUAUCUCUGCUAGUCAACUCGUCCAAGCUUCAUACUCCGAUGAAAGCACCAACUCCUUUCUCAAACCACCCUUACUGCAGAGUGUUCAGGACCAAGGUGGUGAUGCAGCAAACGCAGACUCCAAUCAGAGUUCCUCUCCAAGCAGGAGGAGAAAGAUGGGGUCGACUCGCAGGCAUCCUGCACAAAGAGAAGGGGACACAGAGGAAAAACAAGAAGAAAUAAAAAAAACUGAGGUGAUAGAAGACAAGGGAGAGGACAUGGAGUUUGAAAUGUUGAUGGAAUCAAAGGAUGGAGCUGGUAAAGAGAAGAACGAAGGAGAAAAAAGAGAUGAGAAUGUCCUGACCGACCUCAGCUUUUCUGUCAGUACUUUAAAUCAAAAGGGACGAAUGGAUGGUAACGAAAUAGAAAGUAGGAGACAGUCAAUCGUAAAUGAUGAAUCCAUGGCAACACAACUCAUUCUUCAAAGUGAAUCUGAGUUGACUGAUAGUAGCCGAACUCUUCACAACCCUGAUUUUCCCACUGUAGAGUCCUACCUGACCAAUGACACACAGAACUCAAAUCCUAAUGUCUCUGGUUUGCAACACGAAGAAACAUCAUUGGAGGUAACACUCUGUGAAUCAAGAGAAGACACUGACUCCCCUCCAGAUCCCGCCUCACUGCAGAGUUUUCUUGGUCCGAAAGAAACGGCAGGCGCCCCACGGAGAAAAAGGAAGAUGGGUUCCACUCGCAGGGCUCCUCGAGGUAGACAAGGAGAGGAGAGACCAGAGGGAAAGGAGGAUGAGAAAGAAAAAGACACAGAGGUUCUAGAAGAUGUAGGAGCAGUCAUGAUAGCAGUAGAAAUUGAGUCUAGCAUAGAAAAGAAUGAGCUUGAGGAACUUCUAGAAAAGGUGCCCGUGGGGCAGGUGACAGAGACCAUAGUAGGAGAAUCUGCCUUAGAAAAGUCUGAGUUUGUAGAACUUAAAGUUAGAGAGGCGGAGGAGAUAGAAGUGAAUAUAGCCGCUGAGAGCGAAAGCAACCAAACUUCCUGUGGUUUAGCAGCCCAAGAGUCAGGUGAUAUGGUUUGUAUAGAUUCUCAUAGACUCACACAAACUGCUUACAUGGAACGUCUUUCAACACCAAGCCCCGGUCUUCCUUCGAAAUUAUCUCUCUCUCUGAGUUCCCAAUCUCAGAAGGAUGUUAAUCAAUCCAAAGCUACAGGGAAGAGAAGAAAGAUGGGCUCUACCCGUCGGACACCAGGUGGACUCCACUCAGAGGAAGAAAAGCAGGAGACGGGAGAAAAGGUAACUGGGGCAGAGAUUAGAGAGGAAGCCAUUGGAGAUCCGGACAUCAAUGUUAUUUCGGAACGAUUUCAAGAGGAGCACAGGGUUAAAGCUGUCAGUCUGGAGGACCAACAGGAGAGGAAGAGCACAGAGAAGGAGACCAUAUUCAUAGAGGUUGUUCCCUCAAGCUCUGCUUUGAGUGGAGGAGGGUUUGAACAAGUGGCUGCAGCUCCACAGCCAGGCCAUGGGAAUAAAAGAGUUCAAGAAAAGGCAGAGCGUGUGGAGAAGAGCCCGGUCACCAGAGAGAAGAAGAAACAGCCAUCUGGUACCUUAGGGAGCAAUGGCUCUCGAUCAAACCCCUACAACGUGGUGAUGGUUGGAAACAGCAGUGUGGGCAAAACGUCCUUCAUGAAGCGCUUCCAAUGUGGCGAGUUCUGUAUGGACCACUAUGCUACCAUUGGUAUUGAUACCUGUAUACAGCCUGUGACAGUGGAUGGCAGCCCAGUGACUUUACAGUUAUGGGACACUGCAGGUCAAGAAAGGUAUCACAGUAUCACCAGGCAGGUGUUCCACAGAGCCCAGGGUCUAGUGCUGAUGUAUGACAUCACUUCCUCUCAGAGCUUCUGUGAUAUCCGCUACUGGGUCAACUGCGUUCAGGAAGGGGCCCCAGAUGACGUCAUCGUUAUACUUCUUGGGAACAAGGCCGAUUGUGCUGAUCUAGAACGAGAGGUUCAGACUCGUGAAGGGGAAAACCUGGCAACGGGGUACGGCAUGCUCUUCAUGGAGUGUAGUGCUGCCACAGGUGACAAUGUGACUCUGUCUAUGGAAACGCUGGCAAGGACGCUAAAGCAGUUGGGAGAGGAGACGCGACAAGAAGAGGAAAGCUUGGUGUUGCAGAAAGAACCCCCGAAGAAGAAAUCCGGCUGCUGCUGAUCAAGUUGGAGAAGAUUGUGAGAUGUACCAAUCUGCAGCACAGUCUCACACACAUUUGUGCCUCAUACACCCUUAUGAUUGUAUUUUAUUUCUAAGUGUGAUAUAUAUCAAAUGCAUUAAACAAAUCAGGUGGUAAUAGUGAUGUGACACUUGAAAUGAUCCUCCCUUUGGUACUUCCUUCAAUGACUGUUUUAUGGGGGGAGAAGAUAUAAAAUCAUUGAGGUAUACUUUCAUACCAACACUAUUCAUUUGUAUUAGGUAGUAGUUAUAUAUUAUAGUUGUAGGGUUUCUAUUUGCAUGAACAAUAUCAAGCUAUGCAGCUUAUAAAUGCCUAAUAAAUUCAUAAUGCAUUAAA